AUAAGCACGAAGUCUACUGUCGUUCAGUUGAGAAGAGGUGGCCUUAAGUCAAAGCAGGCGCCCAUCCCUCCCAAGCGCACCAGCAGUUUCCGUGACUCCACAUAUCAGGACAAACCUCUGGGCGACGACGAGAUACUGGAGGGCGCGAGAGAGACGAUGAAUGGCAUCGAAAAGGUGUUUGAAUCGCUGAGCAAAGAGCUACAGUACGACGAGCAACAGAUUGCCAUCGAAUCGGAGAACUGUUUUCAGACACUGGAAGAGUUGCACUCCAGGAACAGGGCGUCCGGGAAGGGGAAGAAGAGUAAGAGUAACUCCAAGUCCAGACGCGACGACUUGGAGGGCAGUCAUCGCAAAGUACAGGUCGCCUCCCUUGAUGUGCAUAACGUGAAGCGUGCGAUCAAUCGUUACGGAACUCUACCCAAAGGCGCCAGAAUUGGCGCUUAUUUAGAGUCAUUACGUCAGUCACAACCAGACCAACAGCCCCUCGAUUCUGUCAACGAGAAUGUGUUUGAAUCUGAUCUCAUGUCUCCUAUCGACUACUCAAUCGGUGCCGAACCCAGCAUUGCUGUCGCGACCAUCGGUAGGCAUGUCUCCAAAAACAGAAGUAAAUCCAAAGAUAACCGCUAUUCGGACGAUAACAACGGCCGCUAUUCAUUCCGGGGUUAUCUGCAGCGCCAGAAGUCUGAUUUGACUCAUUCCAGAGGCGUCGACACCUACGACACGGAUCUCCUAAACGACAGAAUCGUUUUGAGUAAUAACUCCAAUAAUCUAAACAAAACCAAACAUUUAAACUCAAAGCCAGUGGCGUCUCCGCGACUGCCGCGCAAUACUCAACGAACCAGUUCUCAGCGGAAGUCCUCAUCCGCUGCUAAGUCAUCCCAACCGCCGCAGACGGCCUCCAGCAGUAAUCGGCAGCCAAUGUCUGUCGAUAACGAACUCAAUGGCAAUAAAUUACUCCUUAAUACUAGUGCUCGACGUAAUAGUGAUAACGCAAUCCCAUACGAAACCAACGCAGACCUGCCGUCACCGCCAGCGCCCUUCGGCUCGAAUGCAAUACGCCGUACGCUGAAGAAGCAGCACCGGCCCAAAGACAGGCCUCCCAGUCCUCCACCCCCUGGCAUGACUCGCAGCGGCUCUUUUGAUUAUUGUGAUCACAACAUGAAUCAACAGAACAGUGUCACGAGUACUCCCAGUCCUGAACACAAAGGAGUAAGGCACAGUGACGGCGGAACGUCUCCACCCGAUCCCUAUCCCGAAGAGAGGGAGAACGGAGUGGAUGUCGCGACUGAAGACAUGAAAUCAAAAUCGAAUUCAAGUGACUUAUUAUCGGAAAGUAAUAAUCGACUGAAAGCUGCCGUAGACUCCCAUAAGAGUCCGGCCGCACAACUGGUGUCCGAAUUAUUCGAGAGCUUCAAAAUGAAGGCCCAGAAGAAAAGGGCGGAAAUGGAGACGGAAUGUGAGCCAAAGGCGUCGGUCGUCACCGCAGAGCCGUCGGUCACAAGCAAAGAGUCGAAAGACAACAUCGAGUCCGUCAAGAAUAAUAAGUUUGUCGUGAAUUGCAAUCAAAAGCAGUCGAAAUCAUUUCUGAGACGAUUUCAAUCGAAACCGGGGCCCGACUAUCCGGCACCGGCCCCUCCAGUUCAGGCACAGACCAGUCCUAAAGGUGGACCCAUUUUGUCAUCCCCUCCACCAGCGGAGCGAUGCAGUGGUUAUGACGCUGACGAUGAAGGCAAACGUCAUUCUUCGAGUAGUAUAACCAGCCUUAAGAAGUUAUGGGAAUCACAGUCUAGUAAUAGUAAUAAUUUAAAUAAUCUGAAUGUCACUAAUAAUGAGAACAAUUGUGAAUCUAAUAUAACCGCUAAGAGUAGCGAUAACUCGGCGGUUACUGCCGGCCCACUGAAGAACAAGUCUUCGCAAAGUCCCAAAAUUAAUGUCAAACGCGCGGGUGAUGUGUUGAAGAGCUUACGGCGCUCUGACAACAGCGCUUCGGCCGAUAAUAUUGUGUUUAAGAUAAAUGAGGAAAAGGACGACAAGGAAGUGUUUCACUCGUUUUUAAAGCCAUCGCUGCCAAAUAAGCCUCAAUUGAAGUCUGGUUCGCGAGUUCUGCCCUCAGGAGCACCGCUUCAGAAGUUAGUCAAAGCCAAGUCUGAAUCAGUGGACAGUGAGAGCAGUGGCUCUAAAUUAGGUCUCAAAUCGAUUGAUAAGAAUUUGAUUACAACGAAGACUGUCAACGCAUGCGACAGGUCGUCAAUACUGGAGAUAUCCGGUGCCAUCGACACCAGUAUAUCAUCGCUCAAAUCGACGUCGGCAACCACGGCGCCCACAGCUCAGACAUCGCAGUCUAUAAUGCAAUUGACAGACAAGAUUCAACUCUUCAGACAGUCUUGUAAACAGUAUUCAGAGGAGUGUCCGCCUCAGCAACGCUUCCGAUUUAGGGAACUGUUGACCAAAUUUGACACUAAUUGCGAUCAAUUGAAGACAUCCAACACAUUGACGACAAACCGAUUAUUAACUGAUAUUCAGAACACACUCCGAGAUAUUGUGAAUUUGGUUCAGAGAUGAGUGAAACAUCACUUCUCAUUCAAAUAAUUGUAUUCAUUUGCGGAUCAAAUGUGCGUUUCUUCCUAAUUGUGCGGGAAUUGAGUGCCAAACAAAUGGGUGGCAAUCAAGCGAACGGUUUUAUUACCAUUUAAUGUGAAUUCAAUUUUUAUCAAACAUUUUCCAAACUUUUGAACAUAAAUUUGAGACUAAAAUACAAACUUUUUUUUAUAUACGAGACAAACAAAUAUUGAAAAAUCAUUUUCUACACCACUAUUCCAUACAUUGAAAUGUAUAAAACAAAACAAAAAAGCACUCAAAGGGGAGAACUGAACUUUUUUGACCACUUUUUACCUUUUGGACUGGAGUUGUAUUUCUGAUAUAAAACUCAUUUUUCUGUUUAUUUCUCCCAAUUUUUGUUUGAAAGUAUAAAAGUCUAGUCCGACGGCUG